CACACUCAUAGCCUCAACAUCAACUCCACUUCCCAAAAAAAAGCAAUCGCUGUAACGCCAUAUCAUCAUUAUGUCCACCAAGACUCUCGCCCUCCUAGCAUUGGCCAGCACUUCAAUCCUCGCAACACCCUUUCCGCUGGCACAAUCUGACGUGCCCUCCUUCGGGGACAAAAUAGGCAUCGAGGCUACAGGCACCAACAUCGCAAAGGUCGACCUUAGGGCAAAGCAAGGCCAAAUCUUCGUCGGAGGAUCCCAAGAUGCCGUAUGCGAUGGGGGCCAAACACAAGACGUCGCUACAUUCGUUCUAUACUCCGAUGGCACGCUCUUCUUGUACAAGCUCUCCAAUCCUCCUCAGCAGCUCUGGGUCGAUAAUGGUGGAAAUGGAGGCGGAGUCACCGGUUACACGAGUGGUAGUGAGCCACUAUCCAAGAGCGCGUCAAGGAGCAAGUUCGCCUUGGACGGUGAUGGAAACUUGACGUUUGAGGGUACGGGAGCCAAGGCUUGUCCUACCAAGGAUGCAGACACGUACACUGUCUGGUUCACGAGCAGCGCGAAGCCUGGGAACCAGGAUGGCUGCGUCGACAUUAAGCUGAAGGCUUACAAGGCACCGGCAAGAGUCGCUUGUGAGUAUAGUCAUAGCCCGUGAGGGGACUGAGUGAGCGAAGCUAGAUAGUUGUAUUGUAAUUCUUGCUUUUUGGAAUUGGGGGAAUUUCAGUAUAGCGAUUGUUUCACGACAUGUACGGUAAAAGUAACUACACAUACUGUAUGGAUGGCCUGCACCGAAUUUGAGCCGUG